AUGUCAAACAACGAAACAGAACCUGACUCCAUCAAAAGAAUAAUAGGAUACUAUGUUCAAAAUGAACCAUCUGAAAUUUCAAUGCUCGGACUUUCGAAGACGGGACAUUGAAUAUAGGAAAUGCAAUUUCAAAACGAAAAUUCAAUAAAUGGAUGAGAACUAUUGAAAAUUCGAAUUCAAUUGUAAAAAAGAUGAUUUCAAUUGGCGGAUGCGACUAUUCAACAAACUUCACUUCGGUAGUAUCAAAUCAAACAAUUAGAAGAGUGUUCAUCGAGUCAAUAAUUGCUCUUCUUAUAGAACAUAAUCUUGACGGAGUUGAUUUAUUCUGGAGAUGGGUUCCAGCUGCUCUUCAGUCCGAAUUUUGUUCGUUCCUUAAAGAACUGAAAAAUGAACUUAUGAAUCAAGAAAAACAAUACAUUUUGUCAGUUGGAGCCCCUCCAGCUGGAAUAGAAAACUUGGAAGAUGGAUACGAUAUCGAAGAAAUAAUUAGACAUGUCGAUUUUGUCAAUGUCUAUUCUAUGGAUUAUGCGGGACCAUGGGAUAAUCAAUGGGGUACACCCACAGGACCAUCUGCUCCAUUGUACGGAGGGCUUGAUGCUAGGAGGAAUUUUAACGUCGAUUAUACUAUAAAAUCCUAUAUCAGAAACAUUCGCAGACCUGAAAAAUUCAAUUUGGCAAUUCCAUUUUCAGUGAGGCUCUGGAGAAAUGUGGAAGAUGCCAUUCAACCUGGAAUUGAAGUCUUCAGAAAUGUCACACUUCAAGAUGAUCGAGCGAUCGGAGAAGCUUGUAUGUCUAGAUAGGCUGCAGAAAGUGAAGGAAUAGAAUUAUCAAACCCUUCAUGGGAUGAUACAACCAAAACUUCAUACAUUUGGGAGCCUGAAACCAAAACUUUUAUAACUUUUGAAACUAAUAAAAGUAUUGAAGCAAAAGCUAAUUAUGUGAAAUCAAAGAAUCUUGGAGGAGUAUGGAUUUGGACGAUGGAACAUGAUGAUGACAAUGAUACCUUGAUUGAAGCUGUCUCCAGUCAAUUCGGAACUCCAUGUGAUGAACAGAUCCCGUUC